AUGGCCCUGGCCAUUUCAUUUAUAGCCAAACAUAGGCCUGUUCCGCAGUAUGUUGAGAUGCCUUUGGUUACGGACUCUGCGCCAACAAUAGUCAAUCAGCGCAAGCGUACCAGGUCACGUGAUAGACGACGCCUCCGUAAUAUUUUCCGUCGGAAGAAACAAAAGGUUGAGAUGUCAAUCCAGACAGAGCCAUGGAUCGAAAAACUCGAGGAGGUCCAGGAACUGCAGGCCGUGGUAGAGAGCAGCAGACGACACGUGGACGAACUGAAUAAAAACUCGCGCGAGGAACGCGCCAUUGCUUUGGACCAGAUGAAAGGCCUUGAAGCAAAGCUCAAACAAGUAAUGGAAGAGUUAGCCCAGAUGAAAAUAGAUUACGAGCAUACGGCAGAAGUGUUGUUUGAAAUCACGAAUGAAAGAGACGACUUGGAGAUCGUCCGACAGAACGAAAAGGAAGAGUUUAAUGAGAAACUUACAAAACAAAUUGACGAGUUGGAGAUGGUUUGCCAAGGAAAGUUGGAGUUAGAGUCUAAAUUGGUGAAUUUGAGACGCGACCAGGAUGAAAUGAUUGUAAAGCUGAAAUUCUAUGAAGAUAAGAUUGAGCAACGGACGAAGGAAUUGUCUGCAUUGGCCGAGGAGAAUACGAAGUUAAAUGAAGGAAUGGCUCAACAAAAGCAGGAGUUGGAGAGACUGGGUGAUGAUGAGGAAAUCAAAAGAUGGCAGGAAGAAUUGGAAAAAGUGCAUGAACGUAACAAAGAAUUGACAGAAUUAGAUGCUGUGCUAGAACAAAACAAGGAGCUGGUUGUAGAAACGACUGUACAGAAAGAUGUGUUAAAGGAAUUAAGUAGAGUGAAGGAAGAACUUGAAAAGACUGUUGUCAAACAGAAAAAAGAGCUUGAUGAAAAUGAUGUGCAGAAGAAAACGUUUGAAGAAAUGCUUGAGGAAAAUAAGAAGCUGGAGACAGAAAAUGCUGAACAGAAACUACAACUGCAAGAAUUGGACAAAGAAAGAACUCAGAGGAAAGAAUUGGAAGAUACCCUUGUGAUGCAGAAGAAAGGACUUGACGAAGCCUUGACACUAAAGCAGGAAGAGUUUGAUGCAUUUGUUAAGCAGAAUAAAAGAGUGGAGCAAGAAAAUGAACAACAGAAGAAACAGUUCUAUGAUGCCAUGGCACAGUCAAUGGAUGAACUCACCACAGCUGUUCUGCAGAGAGAGGAAUUAGGUGAGACGAAUUUGAAGCAGAGGGAAGAGUUCGACGAGAUCAUCGCUGAACGCACCGAAGAGUUGGAAGCACUGGUGAUGCGAAAUGAAGAUUUGGUUCACAAAAAUGCUCAGCAGAAGCAAGAGAUUGCGCUACUCGUCAAAGAAAAGGAAACUUUUGGUCAGGAUGUGAUCAAGCUGCGGCGCAAGUUUGAAGAACGAAUCUACCAGCAGAAGAGAGAGUUGGACAGAGCCUCGAGGUAUCGAAAGGACUUAGAGGCGGGCAUCAAACAGCGUGAAAAGGAUGCGUACAUGCUACAGAAGGAUUUGGAGAAUGACCUGGGAAUAGAAAUAAAGCGUGUGAAAGAACUGACUGACAGCAUUGAUGAAGCGAAAGAAGGCUGGGAACGUGAUAAAAAUCAACUGGCACAGGCUCAGAGUGACCUAGAACAUGUGAGUAGGGCUUUAGACGUAGCCUUGUUAUGA